AUGUCGACAGAGCCAUCCUCGGGCCACCACGCCCAGUCCAGCUCGACCUCGGGCCAGAACGACUCCUCCGACCUCAACUUCACCUCGUCCAGCUCUUCAGGCCCAGCAGUGCAGCCACCCCAGCCUGCCGCACAAAGCACCUUCCAAUGGCCCUCGGAACCGCUCAACCAUGGCCGUCCAUCGCUGCCGCAAGAGUCGCAGAAGAGCGUAGACGACGCCAACCGCGACAUUUCUCAGCGCAUCACCGACGCAGACCACGACGCCAACCUCCACCCCGCGCACAACACCCCCCACCCAGACCUCGACCAUCCUCGCCUUUCCGCACAGCUUGCACAUGCCCUCAACAACAUCGAGGAUGAUCGCAGGCAGCAGCUCUCCCCCACCAGCACUUCCUUCCUCCCCGACAACUCCACCUCGCUUCCCAUGCUCAGCCCUCAGCCCCAAGCCAUGCUGCGCUCAACCUCCAACAGCACCAGCAAAUCCGCAGCUUCCGACAAGCUCGAUCCAUCCUCAGCCGCGCCGUCCGCCGCCCAGUACAAUUUCCUCCCCGAAAUGUUCCGCAACGCCGCCACCAUGCCCAUCAACCUCCUCCGCUCCCUCAUCCCGGACAACGCCUUCUCCGCCGCCAACGACGAGGGCCUCAGCGCCAGCACUCUCCAGGUCCCCGUAACCAGCUUCAGCGCCCUCUUCGAAGCUUGCAAGGCGCUCGAGUGGCUCGCCACCCAGGCCGCCAACUUUGAAGCGCCCGACAAAUCCUCCGCCUCUCGCUCGCGCAGAAACUCCACCGGACAGCUUCAGUCCGACGACAACGUAGAGUUCACCUACUUUGACUACUUCCAGGUCCUCCAGAAGGUCGCAGACGUCGUCAGCGGUCUCGCCGCUUCGAGAGGCAUCGAUCUCGUCCUCGACCUCGAUCCAAAGCUCGAGGGUCAGCCUGCCGAGAAUCAGCGCAACUACAAGCUCGGCUCGUGCACCGUCUGGGCCGAUCGCAUCGCCGUCACCUUCCUCUUCAUGAGCUGCAUCUCCAGACUCCUCCACAAGGCGCCCCUGCACUCAUCGGUCGUCAUCACCACCACGCUCACUGAAAAGGAAGAGACUGUCCCACGUCCAGACGCACAGGCCGAGAUGAAGCUCAUGGUCCUCUCCCUCGGUCUACGCCUCAUCCUCUCCGACGGCAGCAGCCCUUCCACAGAGUACGUGUCGGCCAUCAGAGACACCCCGGCCUCGCUCUUGCUCGAUGCAUUCGGCGCACGCCUCAUCACCGAGCAGUCCACCAUCAAGACCGCCUCGGGCGCUCAACAAAGCGUCGUCGACCAUUCCAUCAGCGUACCCAUCGGCCAGCUCUCCGACCCGCAACAGGGUGCUGGCUCCAAACAUCCCAGCGAUGCUUCCGCCCAUGACAUUGUCGGACCCGACGAGUCGGAGCUCGUCGACUUUGCCGCCUCCUUGAAGGGAAAGAAAGUAGCGCUCUACUCGUCUUCGCAGAGCCUGUUUGCGCGCCAGCUCUCCACCUUCCUUUCCGGCCUUGGCUGCGACAUUGCACCCGUCUUCUCCGACAGCGUCGAUGAAUCCUCGCUCGAAGGCGGUGACCAGGUGUUUGGCAAACAGGCGCACACCGCCGUCGCCAUGACCGCAGGCAGGCCGGCUCUCGUCAGCUACACCAGCGACAUGGAUAGGCGCGCUCACUCGAACCAGCCCCAGUCCCCUCGCAUGCCUUCGCAGCCCGUUGUGGGCACGACCGCGACGCCAGCUGCCGUUUCUGCAAGCACAGUGGUGCUGGACCCCGUUACGGGCGUCCCCAUCACCUUUGACAGACCCGUGUUGCCGCCCAAUGCCACAAGCGCCAAGGACGACUCCGACGCACACAAGCAUCCAGAUCAGCUCGACAGACGCGUCGUGCCGUUCAGCUUUGUCAUCAUCGACGACGACAUUGUCACUCUGCAGAAGGAGUUGCUCCGCAUCCGCUCAGCCGUGCCUCUGCUCAAGUCGGCCUUGGUCUCCAAGACCGCGCAGCAGCCGACGUCGCCCAACGACGACAAGAGACCUGCGCGACCCGUGCUCGAUCACCGCACCAAGUCGACUCCGCACGUGAACCGCCUCAUGGCCUCGCAACCUGCAGAAUCGCACUCGCGCUCCUUUGGCUCUCUGGGAUCGAUGCUCAUGUCUGGCGACAAGGUCGAGGCCGCCGAUAUCGGCGAUUCCGCCGCCGACGCUGAUACGGCUGUGGCUGCGGAUUGUGUCUCGCAGACAAUCGUCUUUUUCACGUCGAUGAAGUCGUACCGCCUCGUUCGGGACACGGUGCAGCCCAUCAUCGACUCGGCCAGCUUCCACGGCGUCUCGUCACCGCCCGAGAUCAUGGUGUUGCCCAAACCAGCGGGAGCCAAGCGUAUCUUGACGGCGUUGCAUCUGGCAGAACGAAAGCCGGUGGUCAAAUUGCCUUUCCUCCCCAUCGCAACAUCGCCCCUGUCGCCGCUCACCACGUAUGCCAAGAGCUGGUGGACUCCAGAUGCGUCGCAGAAGGGCGAUGCCAACGGGAUCAUGACGCUCACCCGCCGCGUGACAACCUCGACGGAUGCCGAUUUUGACACCAUGCCCUCGACGCCAUGGACGCCAGUCGAUGCGUCCAAGCCUUCCGAUGCACCGGCCACUCCGCAGAUCCCGCUGACCAGUGAGACGCUUCCGCUGGCCGGACAGUCGGCCCAGAGUGCUGGUGCGCACACCACGCACAGCGCAGAGACCACCAAGCAGCCCGUGCGUGGCGCACCGGCCUCCACACCUGCUGCGCCGACGACGGCCAAGACCACACCACUCUCUGCGGCGUCGCAUAAGUCUGGCAAGAACGGGGUGCUGAGCACGGCGCCCGCGGCUGCCGAUGCCACCUCGACGCAGAAGAGCGCGCAUCCUGGCUCAGCAGCGGCGAAUUCAUCAUCGCCCUCGUCGGCCGCCAAUCCAACCAGGUCGCUGCCGGUCAACAGUCCCAUGCCCGCUGAUGCGCUUGAGUACUUUAGCGAGACCGCGGCCAAGAUGGGCGGGUCCGCGGCGAGCGGCAUGGUGAUCCAGAGUCCCGACGGGCGGCCGGCGGGCAUCUUUUUCCAGCCCAAGGGCAUGCAGUCCAACACGUCGCUGCCGGGCUCGAAACCGGCGCUCUCGCGCGGCGUGUCGGCAUCGUCGCUGCGCCGCAGCAUUCCGAGCACGUCCGAGCACGGCGACAGUGCAGGCCAAGGCGUCAGUCCUGCCUCCGCCGAGUCGGGCACGCGCGAGAGACGCCUGACGGGCCGCAGCACUGCGUCCAGCGCUGGCUCGGCGCGUGGUGGCGGUGAGCCAGGCCCACGCGGCGCUCUGCCAAUCUUGUCCGAGUCGUUGGCGGACUCGACCCCGGCAGACGCGUCGGCGGCGGGCGGGCGGGUGCAGAGCAACGGCAAGUAUGCCAGCGGAAGCAUGUUUGCCCCGCAGGUGGGAAUCCAAUCUGUGAUGAAUUCGUCGCGCCCGCCCGUGACGACGCCGUUGGGCACGAGUGCUUCGUCGGCAAGCCAGGAUCCAGCCGCAGCCUCCGAGUCCGCUUCGCUCCCCGCCGUGACGGAAGAAAGCGUCGCCACACGGACGGACAGCGCAAACGCAGACACAGCUGCACAGCGUGCAGGCAGCGCCGGCGCCACCAAAGGCAAAGCCAAGGAGGCCAGUCCCAGCACGUCGGCGAUCGCUCGCAAACCCACCAAACCCGCGACGCCUCCGACCAAGACCACUGCCACUUCCGCCGGGGCGGCGACGGCAUUGCCACCGAAAGCGCGCACCGCCUCUGCAGCAGCGGCGGUUCGUGCGGCGCGGCCAUCGGUUGGCAGUGCUACAGCAUCACCCUCGGAUGCACGCACCAAGCCGUCGGCGGUUGCGCAGUCGGGCUUUAUGAUGGGCAUGGGCUUCACCGCGUCAGCACGCCGCGGACGAGGACCCAAGAAGGCGCCCGUGCGCGAAGCGGUGCUGCCGCCGAUCAAGGUGCUCAUCGUCGAGGACAACCCAAUCAACCAGCGCAUCCUGUCCAUGUUCAUGCGCAAGAAGAGCAUCAAGUACGACGUGGCCAACAACGGCCGCGAGGCGGUGGACAAGUGGAACACGGGUGGGUACCACUUGAUCCUUAUGGACAUUCAGCUGCCGGUUAUGGAUGGCAUCGAGGCGACCAAGGAGAUUCGCAAGUUGGAGCGCCAGGCGAAUAUCGGCAUUCUGCCCAACACGCCGCCCGCUGUGCCCGAGUCGCGCGUGCACAAGUCGGCCUCUCCACCGUCCAAGAGCGCUGGUGGGUCUCGCACCAUCGCCUCCAAAGCCGCGGAUAAUGCGGACGGUUCGACGGCCAACGGUGUCGUCGAGACGAACGUAGGUGCAGGGGUUGUGCGUCGCACUGGAAGCACAAACCCGUUCCGGGCAUCGGUGAUCAUCGUCGCACUCACGGCGUCGGUGCUGUCAUCGGACCGAGUGGAAGCGCUUGCAGCGGGAUGCAAUGACUUCCUAAACAAGCCAGUAUCGCUACCGUGGCUCAACCAAAAGAUCCUCGAGUGGGGAUCCAUGAUGUACCUCAUGUACUCGGGCCUGUCUACCGACGACGUUCGGUCGCGUCCAGGUUCAUCGGCUUGA